AUGGCUAGCCCGACAAAGUUCAGGGCUUUAGUACUUCUAGCUCUCAUUAGCAUUAGCUUGGGCCUCUCCUCCGCAGCAAGGUCCCUGAAAGCCAUUAGCUACGGAGAAGUUGGAGCAAAUUGUGAGGGAGGCGGACAUGGCGGAGGGGCUGAUGGUGGUUCUGCGAAGGGAAAUAAAGGUGUAGAUGGUUCAGGUGUUGGGGGACCAGGUGGAGAAGUUGGUGGUGGCGGCGGAUCAGGCUCAGAGGCGGGUGGCGCUGCCGGAGGAGGAGGAGGAGGAGGGCACAACUAA